AUGAAGAAAUUUCUUGGUCUUGAAGUACCAUACAUAAGUGCAAUUGGGGAAUUGUUGUAUGUUUCUAGUCAUACCAGACCUGGCAUAUCACAUUAUAUAAAUUUGUUAGCAGGGUUUAGCUCAUGUCUGACCCGGAAGUAUUGGAAUGGGAUUAAACAUGUACUUUGUUACCUACAAGGUACAAAAGAUAUGUGUUUGUUCUUUCCUAAUCUAUCCAAAGAAGGUUUAGUUGGUUUUGAAGAUGUAGGAUAUUUAUCUGAUCCUCAUAAUGGUAUGUCACAAAUAGGAUAUGUAAUUACAUGUGGAGGUACUGCCAUUUCUUGGCGUUCUACAAAACAAACUAUUACAGCUACUUCUUGUAACCAUUCUAAGAUUUUGGCAAUCCAUGAGGCUAGUCUGAAUGUGUAUGACUAA